CCAACUGCUGUCACUUCGUGCCCUGCCAAGGAGGAGGGAACUGCAGUGACAGCAGGAGAGAAGAGAGAGAGGCAGGACAGAGCCGUGGGGCACAGAGAGGUAUGGAGAGGGAGAUGCUGAGACCAGGUAACAGUGAGACACAGAGAGAGGGCUGAGAAGCAGGGUGAGGGGUGGUGAGAGUCCCGAAGAAGUGGGAACUGAAAAGAGCAGCAAGAGGGUACAGAAGAGAGGAAGACUUGUGGGUCCCAGAGCCAUUCAGCCAUGCCGGGAGCAAAACGACACUGGCAACCAGGACUCCCACCCAGCCCUGGGCUGUCCUUGGCCCUGAUACUUCUGGCCCUAGGGAAUGGGUGGGCCCAAGAGGGCGCAGAGCCUGUCCUCCUGGAGGGUGAGUGCCUGGUGGUCUGUGAGCCUGGCCGAGCUGCUGCAGGGGGUCCUGGGGGAGCAGCCCUGGGAGAAGCACCCCCAGGAAGAGUGGCAUUUGCUGCAGUCCGAAGCCACCACCACGAGCCAGCAGGGGAGAUCAACAAUGGCACCAGUGGGGCCAUCUACUUCGACCAGGUCCUGGUAAACGAGGGUGGUGGCUUUGACCGGGCCUCGGGCUCUUUUGUGGCCCCUGUUCGUGGAGUCUAUAGCUUCCGGUUCCAUGUGGUGAAGGUGUACAACCGCCAAACUGUCCAGGUGAGCCUGAUGCUGAACACGUGGCCUGUCAUCUCAGCCUUUGCCAACGACCCUGAUGUGACCCGAGAGGCAGCCACCAGCUCUGUGUUACUGCCCCUGGACCCUGGGGACCGAGUGUCCCUGCGCCUGCGUCGGGGGAACCUACUAGGGGGCUGGAAAUACUCGAGCUUCUCUGGCUUCCUCAUUUUCCCACUCUAAGGGUUCAGGCCUUUGACAGACUGAAAUCUAACCCCUGCCCUCUGCCCUUUGCCCUCUCCUACCCCAGAAGCAGCAUCUUUGGAGUAGGAGAGAGGCUCCCUCUGGCUGCCUGUAUUCCACCUUCUCGCAUGGGACCCUGUGCCUAACACCCAAGGUGAAGAGUAGAGCUGUGGUGUCUGGGGACCUGGCCCCCCUCACCUACCCUCCCACCGCAUCCUCCCUCUGCAUCUCUGUGCCUGCACAACAUGGCAGGUGGAGAGGCUUAUGCUACUUUGCAGAGUCUGCUCUUCCUGUUCCUCCACCCCCAGCUUUCUGCUCAGUACUAUUUGGGAACAGGUGGCACAGGUGAGCCUGACAGACCCCUCACAGGGACCCAGAUGGACCAGCCUCAGUGUACCCUGCAGGCCUCUUCCUAUGAGGAGUGCCAGCAUUGCAGAUCUUGGCCAGCAUAGUCAGAAGCAGAGCCAGCAUGGUGUGGGGUAGGGCUGGAAGCUUAGCCGCUAGCAGAAGUGUGGGGAGGGCCACAGAGCAGCCCAGAGCCUGUGGCUGGUGAGGCAGGAAGGGCAUGCGCCCAGCCUGAACAUGGUGUACACUUUUCAUGUGCAUUGGGGCAGCCAGCAGACAGCAAAUCUGGGCAUCAGUCCGUGCCAGGUCCCAGAUGGACUCUGGCCCUCAAAUCCCCACCUAAGAUAAGGUAUGUGUGUGUGUUAGCUCUAGCCAAGAGUGGGGGUACAGCUUCCUUGACAACUGGAGGCAGGGGUAGACAGUCACACGUGGGCAAGUGUUGAUCUCCAAGCAUGGAACAUGUCAAUGACACAGCCGCCUCGUAGAACUGCUCCACCUUUGUGAUCUGAACUUCAGCAACCACAUUGUGACUGCCAUGGCCACCCUGCCAGCUCUCUCAGCUACCUUCACUGUACCUGUUCCAAACGCUCUCUAGCCUCUCUUCUUUCUCCUAAUUUACGUUGUCUUGUCCUCCUUCUUAAAGUUCCUGUUAUCUUAGAUGCUAUGAUUUAUCCCUUCAGCCACUCUCCUGCCAGUAUCAUAAAAUCUCUGAGUCUUACCACACGCUGUCCCAUUCUCCCAGCAUGAAUGAACCUAUCAGUAAAGCAACUAGAGAAUGGUCAAUGAGAAACUGCAGGAGCCCUGAGGAGACAAGAUGCCAUUACAAUUUGGAUCAGGGGUCACAGGACCCAAGCAGGUAUGUCGUAGAGAACAAAAAUGUAAAAUUGUAUAUUUGAGUCAAAUACAAAAGGAAAUUAGUAACGCUUGAAUUAAAUAGGAAACACCAACCUGAA